UCGGUGGAAUAGGUUCCUAGCUUACCGACAGUGAAUUUUAAAUCAAGGUCGCAGAGCUUCUGGAAUGUUUGAACUUUGUGGUAAUCGUCGGAAAUGCAUCGCGUAUAAAGUUGCCAGGCUUUUAUCAGCUCGGUGAAAGAUAUUACGUGAGUGUGUCGGUAACUCGAUAACGUUUUGUGUGAGACUUUGUAGAAGUUGUGAUCCGCGUUCGAUUAGUUAUUGAGCAGUUGUACUCGAAAGGAUCAAUACGAACGAGAUAUUGUUAAAAUAAAAGAUUUUUAAUGUUGCAAAGUACUUAUUUCUAUACCUCAUGUGCACGAAAAUGAAUGGUGCUGACAUCUAUGUGGAAAAAGGUGAACUACGAUCGAGAUGUCGGUAAGAAAGGCGGGCGAUUUUAAAGUCGUAUAGGGAUCAUAUUAAACUGAAUUUUCGGUGUGAACUUCAACUGCACGUAAUUUUGCUCCCAAUAUUAUGCGACAAAUAAACAAACAAUAUACCUGACACAUUCACAUUCGAAGCGCAGACUCGUAACAAUGCAGACAGUGCAGGCAGUGCAACUUAGUGCACCUAUUGAGAACAGAUCAUAAUAGUCACGAGCAUCCGCCUAUCCGCGGCCGUGGAUGUUUCCCGCGCCAAUUUUAUAUUGUUGUGAUGUUCGCCGGCACUGGUGAUAACACAAAUGUCAACGAUAAGUACUCGAUUUAAGUGAGAAUGAAGUUCAGAUGCAGAAUGGUGGACGCGGGCGCUAUGCGGGAUUUCACGACCAUCGUCAAUACUAUAUCCCGAAUGGCGAAGUACUGCGUCCUGCGACUCACAACGGAGGAGUUGUGCUUCAACGUCGGCGAUGAGAGAGUGCCCGUGCUCUGGGCGGUGCUCUCUCACGAACACUUCUUCACUGAAUACAUUAUGAUCGGCGUGUGCGAAGAUGAGAACGAGAUCUAUCUAGAAUUCGACGCAUCGAUGUUUGCCAGAAGCUUAAACAGUCUGAAAGCAACUGCCAAGAGCGUGAAGAUUAAAUUGACAAACAAGCGACAGCCUUGUUUGACAUUCGAGAUCGAUCUGUCUUCCUUAGCUAUCGAGUCGCGGCAAUGUGUGCACGAUGUGCCAGUGAGGCUGAUACCGCGCAGGGAAUGGCCGGAACACAAAAUGCCAGUCAUCUCUCAGUUUGAUAUAUCUUUGGAUAUACAACAGCUCAAAUACCUGAAGCAUAUUGUGGAGAGGAUGAAGAGUAUGAGUCCCAAGCUGACAGUGAUCGCCAACAAACAUGGUACACUGAUGCUAAGAGUCGAAGUGGACCAUGCUACUGUAACAACUCAUUUCAAAGGACUACAAGUUUGGGUGAAUAGACAAGAAGAGCAAGAAGAGGAGGAGGACAGUGAAAUUUCCGCGACUGUUAGUGUAAAGAAACUCGCCAUGUUUCUGGGUUGGGAUAUCCUUCAUCCAGACAGUGUCAAGUGUAAUAUAUUGCGGGAGAAAAUGGUGAAAUUGACAAUGGAUGUAGGAGAUCACGUCAAGAUGCAUUACUUUGAACCAGCUAUUGCUUCUUGAACAUGCUGGGUGGAAGCUCAAUCAUAUAGUGAUGUUACCGAAAUGUAAAAUAUACGUUUAUUUCAUUUGUGUUCA